AUGUCGACCGUCGCAGAAGACUUGCUCAACGAUUUCGGUAGCUCCGGAGAUGAGGCCGACGAGUUUGAGAACGAUGGCCUGGUCAAGGACGAAGAGACAAAUGGCGAUCGCGACGCUAUGGACGUCGACGGCGACGCCGCGACCAAGGACGACGAGGGAUCCGAAAACGACCCAUCCAACGAUAGAGACGAUGCCGAGGCGACAAAGGUAAAGGUCGAAAAGAUGCAGCUCGGCGCCGUCAAGGACGUCCGCAGCGUCGCCAGCCUGAUGCAGACCCUGGAGCCAAUCCUCGAGGUUAGUACCACUCCCCGUGGCCAGUUCAACAACGGCCGCGUCUUGAAGAUGGACGAUUCGUUUACAUCGGUUAUUUUGACGAACAGCCCUGACGUGUUGCCUCGAACCCUACAGAAAAUCGCACAUUAUCGAUCGCAAGCUGCUACCCAGAGCACAAGCCUCGGCAACAUUGAGGACCACCCCGAGUAUCACCUCUUGACCCAGUCAAACAGCCUCUCCACCCAGAUCGACGGCGAGGUGGUGCUAGUUCACAAGUUCAUUCGCGAUCACUACUCGACUCGAUUCCCCGAGCUAGAACGACUGGUCACGACGCCCCUCGAGUAUGCCAAGGUGGUGGCCAUCCUGGGCAACGGCCCCAUGGACUCGGAGAGCAUCAAGGCCCUCCAGACUUCGACCGACAACCCCCUUGGCAUAACCCUCAAGUCAGUUCUCGAUGGACCAUCGCUCAUGAUUGUGACUGUGGAGGCCACCACAUCAAAGGGCCACGAGAUGACACCGGAGGAGCUGCAGCGCGUCUUCAAGGCCUGCGAGAUGGUUAUUGCUCUUAACAAAGCCAAACAAACCUUGACAGAAUACGUCCAGUCACGCAUGAAUAUCUUUGCGCCCAACCUAACGGCCCUCAUCGGCUCCCUUACAGCGGCACAGCUUCUCAAUGCCGCAGGUGGAUUGACAGGCCUAUCCAAGACCCCGGCAUGCAACAUCGCCUCAUGGGGUUCCAAAAAGAAGCAGGCCGGUCUGGCUACGAACAUUGGUAUCCGUCAGCAGGGCUACCUUUUCAACUCGGAAAUGAUUCGCGGCAUCCCCAACGACCUAAGGAAGCAGGCCAUGAGGAUCGUUUCAGCCAAGCUGGUACUGGCCGCUCGAGUAGAUCGCAUCCACUCAAGUCCUGACGGGUCUACGGGAGAGGAACUCAAGUCGGCAUGCCUCGAACGUCUAGAAAAGCUUACAGAACCACCGCCCAACAAGGGCCAGCGCGCACUUCCUGUACCGGAUGACAAGCCAGCUCGCAAGCGAGGUGGACGACGCGCCCGCAAGGCAAAGGAGGCACUUGCCAUGACAGAUCUGCGCAAGGCCCAGAACCGCAUGGCCUUUGGCAAGGAAGAGAAGGAAGUUGGAUAUGGUACCGGCGAGACGACGGUCGGUAUGGGCAUGAUCGGACAGGCCAACGAUGGGCGCAUCCGAGGCAUCCAGGUCGACCAGCGCACACGUGCAAAGCUCAGCGCCAAGAACAAGGGCUGGGGAGGAAACAGUACCGUGGGAGGCGCGGCCUCGUCCAUUGGCGGCUUCGGCCAGGCUUCCAGCAUCGACCUGCGCGGUCGCGGUCUGCGCGCCUCGGGCGUAGGAAGCACAGUCGGCUCGGCGGCGGGCACAGCGUCAUCGCUCGCCUUCACGCCCGUGCAAGGACUGGAGCUCGUGGAUCCCAAGAUGCAGGCUGAGCUCAGCAAGAAACGCAAGGCCGAGGAGGACCGGUGGUUCAAGGGCGGAACCUUUACCCAGGUCGGCGGGGCGCCGAGCGGUGGUGGUUUCAAGGUGCCGGACCUACCGGCCGCCAAGCGGGUCGACACGGGGGCCAGCAAGAUGGGCCCUCCGCCGGCGCGCAAGUCAUGA